AUGAUUGCAGGACUGCCGAUGUUUGUAGCUCCCUGGUCCCCUGAGUUCACACCGGAGCAGCCUCAGCUCACCUCCGCUGUCGUCCCGGUUGAGCUCCGAGGAGUUCCUUACCUCCUGUUUAAUAAGAAAAGCCUUAGUAGAAUUGCCACUGCUGUCGGAAAACCAGUCUCUCUCGCUCCUGAAACAGAGAGAAAAGAAAACUUCGAGGUAGCUAAGGUAUGGGUUCGGGUUAAUCUCCUUGCAGAAUUGCGUACAAGGAUUGUCACUGGUUUCUCAAAUGGGAGGGAGGUAGAGGUAACCGUUACAUACCCUUGGCUUCCGUCAAAAUGUGGACAUUGCGGAAAGUUUGGGCACGAGAGUAGGCUCUGCAACCAUCAGAGUUUUAAGGUGGCAGCAACUGCUCAGAGAGAUAAGCGCUCCAAGAGUCGUGGACCAAAAACCCAACCUCAGCAAAGACCAGGCAGAUCGCGUUCUCGAUCAAGAAUCACUCGAACUCCCCGAGCUAUACCUGCAGAGGAAGUCUCUGAUAGACUGGAUAUGGGGAAUCAGAAGAAGCAGGAGCAAGAAGAAGUUGCUAGCUCCGUGGCUAUUAAAGAAAGUGAAAGUGGGCCUCAUAUCAGUACAGAACCCUUGGCUGAGGAAGUAAAACCACCUCCGCAGAAAGAAACGAGGCGAGAGAAAGAAGUGAAGUCCUCACAGCUCAUAUCACGAGACUGGGAUUCACGAUCUCCUGCGGUUAUAGUGACUCAUGAGAAUGUUGAUGCUCCGGUCGGACCUGCUUUGCAGAGUAGAGCAGAAAAUGAUGCUCCUUUCUUCCUCAUUUCUAACAGGAAGAGUGGCCGAAAGUGUUUCAAUCUGGCUGACAAGAGACAGUCACUUUGGGAGGAGCUUUCGGUGAUGAAUGCUACAACACCAGUUUCCAGAUCCCCAUGGGCAGUAAUUGGGGACUUCAAUCAAAUUAUGCGAUCCAAUCAACACUCUAAUCACCUUGAGCUGGAGGUGGAUAUCUCGGGCAUGGAAGAUUUUAAUCUCGCUAUACAGGACUGUGAGGUCUUUGAAGCUCAAGCAAAAGGACUACCUUUCUCGUGGUGGAACAAUCAGGAGUCAAACCCCAUCUCAAAAAAGAUAGAUCAUGCAUUGAUAAAUCAGCAUUGGGCUCAUUCUUUUCCUGAAGGCUACGCCGAAUUCCUGGAACCGCAACAAUCAGACCACGCGCCCUGCCUUUUUAGAUUACCUGCUCUUAUUCGGCGACCUCCAAAGCCUUUUAAGUUCUAUCAUCAUAUCAUAGGCCAUCCUCAAUAUGAGGAAACUGUAAGAGAUUCUUGGAACUGCGGGUUAAUUCAAGGAAGUGCUCAAUUUAAAGUUGUCAGAGCUUUCAAGCUGAUGAAGCCUGCUCUAAAGAGGCUUAAUAAGAGAUACUACAGCGGUAUAUCCGAGCGAGUUAAAGAGCAGGCUCAUAAGGUAGAAGAGCUGCAGCGUCUCCUUCUGACUUCGCCAACUAAAGAUCUAGCUAGACUUGAGCACCGUGAAAGAAGCAAAUGGCGUACACUGGUAACAGCGGAGGAGAAAUUCUUUAGACAGCGCUCUAGAGUUCAGUGGCUUCAUCUUGGAGAUAGGAAUACAUCGUUUUUUCACAAAUCGGUGGUUCAAAGAGCAAACAGAAACCACAUCCAUUUCCUCCGCGAUCAUGAAGACAGGUUGCUAGGGUCCACAGAUGAGAUAAAGACUCACUCGGCUGAGUUCUUUAAAGGAAUCUUAGGGAACACAGUUUUGGCCUCUUCCUCGAUCACCGUUGAUCAGCUUCAAAGUCUGCUACCAUUUCGAUGCUCAGACGCUCAGGUUUCGGUGUUACAGAAAGUGGUUUCUGAUGAAGAAAUAAAAGCUACGGUCUUUGCCUUGCCACUGAAUAAGAGUCCAGGGCCAGAUGGCUAUUCGGUGGAAUUUCUAAGAGCUUCUUGGGAAGUAGUAGGAGGAGAUAUUUUGGCAGCAGUACAUGAAUUCUUCCGGAAUGGGAGACUGUUGAAGGACAUCGUUAAUACUGCGAUCACACUCAUUCCCAAGAUGCCAGAGGCUAGCAAACUCGGUGACUAUCGGCCCAUCAGCUGCUGCAACCUGCUGUACAAGAUAAUAUCGAAGAUUAUUGCAAAUAGAAUGAAGCCAAUUCUGUUGGAUUGCAUCAGUCCUAACCAGGCUGCGUUUCUAAAAGGCAGAAGUCUGGGAGAGAACGUGUUGCUGGCUUCUGAGCUUAUAAGGAAUUAUCAAAAGCUCAAUUGCCCAAAGAGCUCAAUGCUAAAAGUGGAUAUCCGCAAAUCCUUUGAUACAGUCUGUUGGGACUUCGUUCUAAAGCUUUUGGAGGCACAAAAUUUCCCGCCACUCUUCAGAUGCUGGAUAAGUGAAUGCAUAUCCUCUCCGAGGUUCUCUGUGGCGAUAAACGGAGAGUUGGCAGGUUUCUUUGCCGGAAAAAAGGGACUGCGCCAAGGAGACUCUAUCUCUCCAUACUUGUUCAUAAUGGUCAUGGAGGUCCUGUCAAAGCUUUUAGAUAAAGCGCAACUUGCUGGAGACUUUGAGCUGCAUCCUAAGUGUAUGGAUCUGAGGAUUACACAUCAUCUCUUUGCUGAUGACUUACUGGUUUUCACUGAUGGCUCAAGUCGUUCCAUCGCUGGUGUAGCUUCAGUCAUGCAAGAAUUCAAGGAGGUAAGUGGUCUAGAGAUGAACCCAGAUAAAUCCGAGAUCUUCUUUGGAGGUUAUAAUGAUGAUGAGACAGUGGCUAUAAGUGGGGCCUCGGGGAUCAAACUAGGAACUUUUCCUACAAGAUAUCUUUGGCUGCCUUUGAACCCGUCGAGGAUAACCUUAGCCACCUUACAGCCGUUCGUAGAGAGGAUAACAGCUAAGCUACACUCCUGGACUGUGAAGCUUCUGUCUUUUGCCGGGAAGGUUAGAAUGAUCGCCUCGGUAAUCUAUGGCAUGGUCAACUUCUGGAGUUCAGUUUUUGCGCUUCCGAAGAGCUUCUACCGCAAGGUUGAUUCACUUUGUGCGGCUUUUCUUUGGAAAAAUAAAACAUCAAACGCCGUUGGAGCUCGGGUUUCGUGGAAAGAUGUAUGUAGACCAAAAGAGGAAGGUGGUAUUGAAAUUAGGUUGUUGGAGGACUUCGAAAGAGUUUUCAGACUGAAGUUGUUAUGGAAUUUCUUUGCAAAUUCAGGUUCCUUGUGGGUUGCUUGGCUGAAGCGAAACAUAUUUCAUCGGCGUGGAUACUGGUUGACAAGUGAUUCAAACUGUUUCUCUGGAUCAGUGAGGAGUAUGAUCCAGCUAAAGGAAUCACUUUCGGAAUUUAUGAGAUGCGAGAUACGGAAUGGCGAAAAGGCAUCAUUCUGGUUUGAUGUCUGGUGUGAUUUGGGACCGUUAAAAGUUUUCCUUGGCGAUCAGCAAGAUCUCCUCAAAUGGAGACUCCAUAUUUUGUUAACCUCCACUACUCCUCCUUCGGCAUCACUUGAUGAAGAUGUCUAUCUCUGGCGAAAAGCUUCAGGAAAUUUUGGUACAAUUUUCUCUUCUAAGGCAACUUGGGAGUUUAUAAGACAACAUUCUCCUACACAGUCUUGGCAUAAGGCUCUCUGGUUCAAGGAAAACAUACCCCGGUGUACCUUCAUCUCUUGGUUAGCUCUCCUAAGACGCUUACCAACCCGUGACAGAUUAAGGAGAUGGGGUAUGAACGUUUCUCCGGAUUGUGUGCUUUGCUCAGCACACUUGGAAACUCACCAUCACUUGUUCUUCGAGUGCUCUUUCUCUGCAAGUUUAUGGCAGCGCUUCGCCUCGGCAAUUUGGAGUAAACCUCCAUCUGAUCUUCACUCAGCAGCAGCAUGGAUCAACCUUCAAAGGUCUGGAAACGCUUCCCAAGAGCAGGUGGUUGCAAAGCUUCUUUUCCAGGCCAUAAUCUAUCUGCUUUGGAAGGAGCGGAAUGCCAGAAUCUUCUCAGGAACCUCCCUAUCAUCAGCCGUUCUCUCAAGGGAUCUGGAUCACCUAAUCAGAGAUCGCCUCUUGUCUUUCCCAGCGACUACUAUCUCUCACCGUUCACUGCUCGAAUUUUGUUUCUCUACUUUCAGGCCACCUUAA